UGUGUGUGUCUAUGAGUGUGUGUGUGUGUGUGUCUGUGUGUCUCGGAGUGGGUGUGUGUCUGUAUGAGUGUGUGUUGAAUGGACUCUGUUGUUCUGACAGAAGGUCAUGGGACUGUCUCAACCAUGUGAGUCAGAUGAGUUGCAGAGAGAAGAAGAAGAAGAUGGAGGACUAAAGAAGAAGGAUUAAAAAAGAAGAUGGAGGACUUGUCCCGGUGGGUGAGGAAGUGCUGUUGUGGUGAAGACGAGGAGGAGAAUUGGAGGAGAGAAGAAGAGGACGUGGAGACGGAGGAGCCAAGCUUCACCAGAAGUUCCUCUUCCCUCGCCCCCGCAGAGUCUGUCUGGUUCCACUCCCUGCAGGUCUCCAGGUCUCCCAGAGGACGCAGCAGCAGUGAUCCUCAGGGAGGGAGGCAGCCGCACAGCUGGAAAGCGGGGCUGCAGUUCGGAGCUGCUCACUCUUACGUGUCUCUGGAGAAACUGGGGGGGGGGUCGUACGCCUGCGUCUAUAAAGGCGUCAGCAGGAUCAACGGGCAGCUGGUGGCUCUGAAGCAGAUCCAGAUGAAGACGGAGGAGGGGGUCCCCUUCACCGCCAUCAGAGAGGUGUCUCUGCUCAAAGGUCUGAAACACGCUAACAUUGUCGUCCUGCACGACAUCAUCCACACCAGAGACUCUCUGACCUUCGUCUUCGAAUACAUGCAGACGGAUCUGGCCCAGUACCUGAGCCGACACCCCGGAGGACUUCACUCUCACAACGUCCGGCUGUUCAUGUUCCAGCUGCUGCGAGCGCUCGGCUUCAUCCACAGCCAGAGGAUCCUGCACCGAGACCUGAAGCCGCACAACCUGCUCAUCAGCUACCUGGGAGAACUCAAGAUAGCCGACUUUGGUCUGGCCCGGUCCAAGUCCGUCCCCAGUCAGAGUUUCUCCUCUGAGGUGGUGACGCUGUGGUACCGCCCCCCCGACGUCCUGCUGGGAGCCACAGAGUACUCCACCGCCCUUGACCUCUGGGGAGCUGGUUGUGUCUUCGUAGAGAUGCUGCAGGGGGCGCCGGCGUUCCCCGGAGUCUCUGACGUGUUCGAACAACUGCAGAAGAUCUGGACGGUGCUGGGCCUCCCCUCUGAGGACAGCUGGCCUGGAGUCAGCCAGCUGCCAAAUUAUAAACCAGAGCGGUUUCUUCACUCACAGCCGAAGCCAUUUAGGAGCGUUUGGAAAAGGUUGGACCAGCUGCCCUAUAAGACGGAGGAUUUGGUCCGGGGGAUGUUGAAGUUGCUCCCUGCAGACCGGAUCUCGGCACAGGACUCCCUACAGCACCCGUACUUCAGCACGCUGCCUCCUCCCAUCAUGCACCUCAGAGACACCGUGUCCAUUUUCAAGGUGCCCGGUGUACGUCUGGAGACCGAAGUUCGAGACGUCUUCAACCCGGGACAGAGGGUGAAACUCUCCCUGCUGCCCGCCGCCAAGUUCUGGUGAACGAACUCAGACAAUGAACCUGAGGAGACGACCACAGGUGUGAACAAACCCUCCAAUAAUCCACCCGACGAGACAGUCCGAGGGGUGUACAAACUCUGCCACAGGUGUUGAACGUUAGCUGAAGUGCGCAAGCUAAGUACUGAAGCUAAGCUAAGUGCUAAUAUUUGUUUACAGAAUCUUCUCGUAUGUAAAUCUGCUUUAAACUCUGUAUUUGUUGAUUUAAAUCUUCAUUGUUUUUUUGUGCGUCGGUCUGAACACGUUCUCCUGUUAGCAUUCCAUAGCAUUCGUUAGCAUUGUUACAGCAGAUUUAUUCACAAGUUUUGGCGGAUUAAGAAGUCCCCUGAACCUGUUCAUGAAUAAUGAGUGCAUACUGGAGCUGACAAAUAAAACUGUUCUUGUUAUCUAUCCAC